AAAUAAUAAAUAAUAAAUAAAACAAAGCUUUCCUAGCGAACAAGCAAGAACUUAGAAAUUGAAUUCUGGGAAUAGAAGUCUCCAAGGCCUAGUCUGAGUCUGAGUCGUCCAAUCUUGAGCUAAGAAUGGAUGUAAUAAAAACGCAACAAAUAUCGGCGAGACCGAUCGAGAAAGUGAUAGUGCAUCCUCUAGUUCUACUCAGCAUCGUCGAUAACUACAACAGAGUAGCUAAGGACACUCGCAAACGUGUUGUUGGGGUCUUGCUUGGUUCCAGUUUUAAGGGCACUGUUGAUGUCACUAACAGCUACGCAGUGCCAUUUGAAGAAGAUGACAAGGACCCAGGCAUCUGGUUUCUUGACCACAAUUACCAUGAAUCAAUGUUUUCCAUGUUCAAAAGAAUAAAUGCCAAGGAGCAUGUUGUGGGUUGGUACAGCACAGGGCCAAAACUGAGGGAAAAUGACCUGGAGAUUCACGGAUUAUUUAAUGAUUAUGCUCCAAAUCCUGUCUUGGUCAUAAUUGAUGUCCAACUGGUAGAGUUGGGAAUACCCACAAAAGCAUACUAUGCUGUCGAAGAGGUGAAAGAGAAUGCUACCCAGAAAAGCCAGAAGGUGUUUGUGCAUGUGCCAUCAGAAAUUGCUGCCCAUGAAGUAGAGGAAAUUGGUGUAGAACACUUAUUGAGGGAUGUGAAGGACACAACAAUUAGUACUCUUGCAACUGAGGUUACUGGGAAACUCACAGCUCUGAAAGGGUUGGAUGCUCGGCUAAAAGAAAUACGUGGUUAUCUUGACCUCGUCAUUGAAGGAAAGCUCCCAUUAAACCAUGAGAUUCUGUACCAUCUACAGGAUGUGUUCAACCUACUUCCUAACCUUAACGUGGCAGACUUGAUUAAGGCCUUUGCAGUGAAAACAAAUGAUAUGAUGUUGGUUAUUUAUCUUUCGUCUCUCGUCCGAAGUGUAGUUGCUCUCCACAACUUGAUCAACAACAAGAUGCUCAACAAAGAACAUGAGAAAGCAGAAGACUCAAAGCUCGUUUCUGUACCUCCUGCUGUCGCAAGCUAGACAUGGGAAUUUCAUCAGCCUGGAUUUUAUUUGGUUGUCUGUUCUCUAGAAGAUUAAUUGCAGCCAGAAUUUCAUCAGCCUUAGAUAAUCUUUUGUUUCUGGUGCAAGAGAUGGGGGAGUUGUUAGGGGUUCUACUGGAAAACAUUGCUCAAAGUUGUUUUUCUUGUGAUUGAAAUACAAUAAAAAUUCAUUUUGACGUCC